AUGCGAUUCAUUAAGGGCGUUUCAGAUCGUGGAGAGGGUGCCAAUCACGCCAUUGUUGACACCCAAGACUCGGCUCGUCUUGUCACAUCUUUUCGUUGCGACGACGCCAAUCGACCACACAGAGGUAUAUCUUGUAUUGACGCCACAUCUUUUCACAAUUGCAAGGUACGAAAGGCAAGGACCAGGAUUGAAGAAUCCGGCAGGCACGGGAGCGAUACGAGACGGGUGCAUCGGAAACAGCCAGACCAGGCAGGGCUGCUGGCGUUUCGACGAGCCUGCCUGGACGCGCACGAAUGGAGCCGGAUCCGGCCCGCGAGCCCGCUGCUUUGCACGCGUCAGAUGAGCAUCUCAUACGAUGUGAACAAAAACAUAUUGAUGCUCGAGUAG